CUCAUCUACGACUACCUCCUCCCAUCUACCAACCUCUGACUCCCAAAGCUCGCUCUCCAACGGCGAUGGAGAGCGCGGUAUGGUCUCCUAUUCGCAGAAUCGCCCUCCUGCCUCCCUCGAGGACCACCGACUAUUCACGAAACCUCCACCCGCUCCUUCCCUUUCCCAAACGCCCCGCUUCCCACAAAGCCCGUUGCUUCCUAACUUUUGAGAGCGGUCGCGGCGUCCCCCCGAGGCCCCUCGCCGGAGCUAACCUCUGCAGCUCACCCUUUGCUCCCACCCUGAGCAGGUUCACGUCGGUGUCGAGCUCCCACGCGGUCUCCGGCUCCGGCGGCGGCGGCGAUGGCGUCGACGGAGGCAGUGGGGGCGGCGGCGGAGAUGGCGGGUCAAGCGGCGGGGAGACCGUGGCCAAACCCGUCGCCGGUGAUCUGGAGGACGUCCCUGCGUUGGGUGCCGACGUGAUUGUCCUCCAUGUCGGGGGAAUGUCCUGCGGUGGAUGCGCUGCAAGCGUCAAACGUAUCUUGGAAAGUCAACCUCAGGUAUCAUCUGCCAUAGUUAACCUUGAGAAAGAGAUGGCAUUCAUUUGGACUGUACCAGAAGCCAAGGUUGUGCAGGAUUGGCAGCAAGAACUUGGAGAGAAGCUUGCAAAACACUUGACAACCUGUGGAUUUAAGUCCAAUCUUCAAGAUGGUGGCAGCGGCAGUAGUCCAGCUUGAAGGUCAUUGCAGACUUGAGAUUUACCAGCAGUCCAGUCCAUCAGGAAAUAACCAGGCAUUGGCAGUUAAAUUGAGUUCCACAAUAAUAACUACAUAUUUAGCUGUUUACUCUACACACCUUGAGAGUAGAAGAAUUAUUCCAUUAUAAACUUCUGUUUGGAUGCCAUCAAAUACUUCUUGACAUCUUGCUGC